CCUGUGAGAAGGAGGAAGGGCUAAGGAUUAAGGACUUUGGGAUUUAGGAAGGAGUGUUUGUUUAACUUACCCUACUCAUUUUUGAUGAUAUUUUAAUUUUUAAUGUUUACACUUUAUUCAAACAAUUCAUUGUAGUUCUUUGUUCUUUUAUUUCAAAUCUAGUAUAAAGCAGGAAGAGGAGUCGUAAAACAUGGAAGAAAAUGAUACAGAGCACGAUAAAAAGUUAUCUGAAAUAUUUGAAGAAGGAAUGAAUAUUUAUGAAGAAAUAUCGAAUACUGAUCAGGCAACUAAUAGUGGCGAAAUUCAGGUUAAAAUACGCAGAGCUAUGAAAUUAUUCGAAGAUGCGACACGUCUGGCAUCCAUGACUUCCUUGUUUAGCUCAAAUGAAUCCAUUGAAGAAGUAGCAACAAAUAAUUUGAAAUAUUUUUUGUUGCCAUCUCUGCUAGGGAACCUGACUCAAAAACUGUGUGUAACAGAGAGAACAGAAGUAGUCGACACAGCGGAUAUUUACUUCAGAGAUUUUUUACAACGUUGCAAGGACUACGCCAUUACUGAUAUAGAGAUUCCACCGCCAUCUGAUGCAGAACAAGAACAAAGCACAUCAAAUCAAGUGGCUGUACCUCAAACUCCUGCUCAGGCUCUCAUGAAUUCUGCUCACUUCAGAGCAAACAAGAUACAGCUUUACAACGAGCAAAAGGCUCUUCAAGGGGAUUUGAAAACUAUGAAGAAACAGAUAGAUCUUACAUCUCAUGUCGACGAUGAGCUGAAAAGAAACUAUUUCAUUACCUUAAUAAAGUGUCAUAUUAAUGAAGGUAUUAGGGAGCUAGAGUCCCUUCAAUCGGAAAAGGAAAUUCUAAAAUACAUGUCUAAAGUUAAAGCUGGGGGUAGCUUGAAGGCGAACGAGAGUGAAGAAAAAUUAUCUAGAGGCCCUAAACCUAAACCGUUGAAACCGAUUAUAAUAACUAAGGAUGAGGUUCAAAAGAAGGUGUUUGGAGCUGGAUAUCCUAGUCUUCCUGCAAUGACGGUUAAAGAGUUUUAUGAUCAACGAGUAAAAGAUGGAAUAUUCCCCGAUGCUGAAACAGUGAAAUCAAGAUCUUUGCUAGAGAUGGCCAGCCAAGCAAAUGCGGAAGCUAUUGCUGACCAAGAAGAAGCUGAGAAAGAGCGGAAAAUUGAGACUGAUGAUGAGGAGGCUCUCGCUCGGGCCAGAGCCAUGGAUGAGUACAAGGACACUCACCAGAGAGGCUGGGGCAACCGCUACAACCGCAGUUAACCUCACAAGGCUGCUGUAUAUAACUGUCUUGCAUUGUCAAAACUUGUCUUCAGACUGAUUGUUUGUUUGGUGUUUGUAAAAUAAGUAAAUUAAGAGUUUAAAUAA